AUGUCUGGUCGCGGUAAAGGAAAGGCAAAGGGCACGAAGUCCAAGAGCCGAUCAUCCCGAGCAGGGCUUCAGUUUCCUGUUGGUCGAAUCCACCGUCUUCUUCGCAAAGGAAACUAUGCUGAGAGAGUUGGCGCCGGUGCCCCGGUCUACUUGGCCGCCGUGCUGGAGUAUUUAAGCGCUGAGAUCCUUGAGUUGGCUGGCAACGCUGCUCGUGACAACAAGAAGACAAGAAUCAUCCCCCGUCACCUUCAGCUGGCCGUCCGAAAUGACGAGGAGUUGAACAAACUGCUCGCUGGUGUCACCAUCGCCCAAGGAGGCGUUCUUCCCAACAUCCAGGCUGUGCUGUUGCCCAAGAAGACCGAGAAGAAGCAGAAAGCUUAAACUUAAGCUUUCAAAACACAAACGGCUCUUUUAGGAGCCACCAUAUGUUAUAAAGUCAUGACCAAUACUCAGUUAUCAAUUACCAUUAGUCCAGAAAUUAAAACCAAAAGUAAAGUUUUUUAUAAGAGGACUACCUAAGGACUAGUACAAGGAAAUUCAAGCGCCAAAAUCUUGAAAACUUAUUUUAGUACAAAAUUUCCCUUUUAAGAUGCACGAAGGACACUUUAAGAAUAGCUGACCGUCUGCACAGCCAGUUUAUGCAGACUCUAAGGAAAUUGGACAGACCUUAAAGCAACGUUAACUAGCUUAUGAAAAGAUAAGGACUGUUCAAAUGCAAAUUUAGUGCAAGUUUGAGCGCGCAAAUUGAUGUGAGUUCGUUAGGAAAAGAGCUCCUUCGUUACACGUUGAUCACAGAGGACACUUCAAGAAUAGCUGACCGUCUGCAAAGCCGGUUUAUGCAGAUUCUAAGGAAAAUUGGACAGAACUUAAGGCAACGUUGAGUAACUUAUGAAAAGAUAAGGACUGUUCAAAUACAAAUUUAGUGCAAGUUUGAGCGCGCAAAUUGAUGUGAGUUCGUUAGGAAAAGAGCUCCUUCCUUACACGUUGUUUACAGAGUGGGAAACCUUUCCACAUUUGACAGAUGGCCAAGGAGAAAAAUUCUACGGAAAACUGACCGAUUUUAAAACAACUUUAAGUAACUUUUCUCUCUUUGUGUAAAUUAAGAGAACUAGUAGCCGCAUCAUUUCCGGCCGUAAGAUAAUUUUCUUUGAGCAUUAGCUCGUGAAAAGAUAAGGACUAUUCAAAUGCAAAUUUAGUACCAUUUUAGCGUGCAAAUGGACGCUACCUUAAUACAGGGAGUGAACUUUCGUUGCACAUUGAUCACAGAACGGUAAAACUUCCAAGAAAGUUCCACAUUUGACCAAAGUCUUAGACGGAAAACCUUUCAUAAACUUUUCCACUGAAAAGAAAAACAUUCCGGAUCGAUCAUGACAGUCGCCAACAUUGAUUGACUUUCCCUUGAAAAAGGGGUUCUUAUAUACAAGAAUUCCAUCACUUAAGUAUAAACUUUUAUAAAAAGCUCACAGCAUAGAUGCAAAGUCGCCAACAUUGUUUAACUUCCCCUUGAAAAAGUGGGCCUUACAAGAAUUUCAUCACUUAAGUAAAAACUUUUAUAAAAAGCUCACAGUAUCGACGUAAAGGUCUUACAAACUUGUUAUAGUGAAAACACGCAUGCAAGGGGUAUAGAUUCCAAAACUACUCAAAAUCUCACUAAGGAUCGUUCCUGAAGGGCGAAGUACUUGGGUGUCCCUUUAGAACCGACAAACCGGUCGUUUCGAUACAAACUUGAGCAGUGAAAUUACAUAAAAAUUUCGAUCUCUUUAAGUAAAGUUUGCGCGUGAAAAAGAUAAGCACUUUGGGUGAAUAAGUUCGUUAAACUAUUUACAACUCGACGGAAUAAAACUUGUAACGAAACGUUUUUGUAUCGAAACGACCGGUAACACGACAAAACUUUCCCCCAGUAGUAGCCGUUACAGGGACGAUUUAGCCGAGGGAAAGUGUACAAAAAUUUAACCAAAAAGCCUAAUCAUCGACCAGUUAUAGACAAUACUUUGUUCAAAAAUUUAGCCAAUUUCUGCGAUGCCCUCUCUGGAACUUUCAAAAGACUUAAGAGAGAAAGACUAGCAAACUUUAUUGGUCAUGACUUUUAAGGAUUUGGUGGCUCCUAAAGGAGCCGUUUGUGAUGUGAGUGUAGGCAGUGUAGUCUAACCACCAAAUCCGUACAGAGUACGUCCCUGGCGUUUGAGAGCGUACACCACGUCCAUGGCUGUCACGGUCUUUCUCUUGGCGUGUUCGGUGUACGUUACAGCAUCGCGGAUGACGUUCUCGAGGAAAACUUUAAGAACGCCACGGGUUUCUUCGUAAAUGAGGCCAGAGAUUCGCUUGACACCGCCACGGCGAGCAAGACGGCGGAUAGCCGGCUUGGUGAUGCCUUGGAUGUUAUCACGAAGGAUCUUUCGAUGACGCUUGGCGCCUCCUUUUCCUAGACCUUUGCCUCCUUUGCCACGACCAGACAUAUUGACUGAAUGUUAGUGCUCUCUUAUCGAAUUGUGCCAGAAAAGCCUCGUUUCGGCUUUAUAUGACAGCAAAGAGGACCUCGCUGGAAACUUAGAGGCCUUUCCAUUGGUUCAAUUAUAACAAAAGCGAUAUUUAAGUUAAACAGAGGGCAAAUAUUAUGACAAGUGAAAUAUGCGCAUAAUUUGCUAAAGUAGUUUACCGUGAUGGACAGUUGUGCUCCCGAUUUGCAGAAAUAUGAUGCAUUUUUGGCACGAGAAAUGCAGCGAUUUAUAACAUUGUUGCAAACAUAAAAUUUUUUCGCAUUGGCUUAUUAUCGUCAGAAUCAAAGAACUUAAACAAGCAAAAAAUGAUUUAGGAUCGAAAAUUGCCGAUGGUACACCAAGUCAGUCUUAUUCCACCAAUCACAGAGCAAACAUUUCAGCCAAUCAGAAUGAAACGCGCCAGGUAUAAAGUUUUUGGGAGUCUAUUCAACGAUAAUUCAGUCUCUCCAAUUGACUCCAAGUUUUCAAACAUGGCUCGCACAAAGCAAACUGCCCGUAAAUCAACCGGUGGAAAAGCCCCACGAAAACAGCUCGCCACAAAAGCAGCCCGUAAGAGCGCGCCCGCUACUGGUGGCGUCAAGAAACCUCAUCGUUACAGGCCUGGCACAGUCGCUCUUCGAGAGAUCCGUCGUUACCAGAAAUCCACUGAGCUGUUGAUCCGCAAGCUGCCCUUUCAGCGUCUUGUGCGAGAAAUCGCUCAAGAUUUCAAGACCGAUCUGCGCUUCCAGAGCUCUGCUGUGAUGGCUCUUCAAGAGGCUAGCGAGGCUUACCUUGUUGGUCUGUUUGAAGACACCAACUUGUGCGCCAUCCACGCCAAGCGUGUCACCAUCAUGCCCAAGGACAUUCAGCUGGCCCGCCGAAUCCGCGGAGAACGAGCAUAA